AUGCAGGCUCACCCUAGAAGGUUUGAUCUCCGGUUUGGUCCUUAUAUAGUCCUCGAGACUAUUCAACGACAUGCCUGCUGGAAGGUCAAGUCCGCAUUGCACGGCGCGACGGGCAAGAGAGUGACGAUACGACUGGUAAAAAAGGCUGAUUUGAAGAGUCCGACAUUCCGGCAUAGGAUAGAACAAGAAGUGGAUAUACUUGUAACGCUCGUGCACCCUAGCAUCGUGGCAUUCCAUGGGGUGGAGGAGACCGAGAAGUUCAUCGGCCUUGCACUGGAUCACGACGAUCCGCAGUCUCUUAACAGCUACAUCCACGCGCAGUUCUACCUCACAGCGCCAGAGGCACGCAAACUCUUUUCGGAACUGAUAUCCGCCGUCUGGUAUAUGCACCAGAAGAAGGUGAUCCACGGGAACCUCACGUUGGAAAGCGUCACCCUGAAUGGGCAUGGCAACCUCACCAUAGGGGAUUUCAGCUCGGCCCGCGUCGUCAGCCAUGACAACGACCUCGUGCAGCCGCACGCGCGGACGCCGAUUUUCGCUGCUCCAGAGCUGAUUGCGACUAACGUUUGCCUUGGCGCCGUGGGCGACAUCUGGUCAUGCGGCGUCAUUCUGUACGCGAUGCUGGUGGGACGGCUGCCGUGGGGCGAUAGCUUAGUGGUCGUCGAGUCGGAUGACGAUGAUAUGAAGAAGUUAUAUGGGUUCAUCUCGUCCGUGCCCGCCGUGUUCGCCAAGCACUCUUGA